AUGGCAAACCUUAGUAGAAGGAAAAAAUUCCUCCCGUCAAGCGUGGCUAAUCAAGGUAUCAAAAGAAAAAUGAGCAGCUCGGAGGAGAUAUCAUGGAUUUCAUGGUUCUGCGGCCUCAGAGGAAAUGAGUUCUUUUGCGAGGUAGACGAAGAUUAUAUAAAUGAUAAAUUUAACUUGACUGGACUAAAUGAACAAGUACCACACUACAGAUUAGCGUUGGAUAUGAUAUUGGAUCUUGAACCUGAUGAUGAUCUAGAGGACAAUCCAAACCAAUCAGACCUUGUAGAGCAGGCUGCGGAAAUGCUGUAUGGAUUAAUUCAUGCUCGUUAUAUCUUGACUAACAGAGGAAUAGGCCAAAUGAUGGAGAAGUUUCAAUCAGGUGACUUCGGUCAUUGCCCACGAGUCUACUGUGAAUGUCAGCCAAUGUUACCCAUUGGUCUUUCAGAUGUCCCAGGCGAAGCUAUGGUGAAGGCAUACUGCCCUCGCUGUAUGGACGUUUAUACGCCAAAGUCUUCUCGCCACCACCACACAGAUGGUGCUUAUUUUGGAACCGGAUUUCCUCACAUGGUCUUCAUGGUGCAACCCGAGUACCGCCCGCGCCGUAAUCCCUCACAAUUUGUGCCCAGACUAUAUGGCUUCAAAAUCCACCCGCUUGCCUACCAGAUCCAAGUCCAAGCUGCGGCAAGCAACAAGCCUUCUUCCCUGCGCACUUUUAACAACGGUAAACGCUAG